AUGAAGGCUUUCCAGCAGCGCAGGAAAAACAGUGAGCACUCAGGAUCUACUUUCCAUGUGUCAUCACCAACAAAAAAAAGAGGCCUAAAGGAAGCCACUGAAAACUCUGAGGUGCAGAAGGCAUUAGCCCAGCUCCAGAGUGAAAGCCAUUUAUUCCAUCAGCUGCUGGAAGAUGUGCAGGAGCAGCAGCUCAUGCAAGGAAGUGCAGUGACUGUUUCCCAGGAAUGGUUUAAUGACAUUUUCCACAAACUCCGAGCUGUUGCUGAGAAGCAAGUGUACACACUGGAAGAGAUGAACAAGGAAUUAAAGGCCAAUUGCACUGAUUUAAGAGAACAAGUCUUUAACUAUGAGGCUGACGAAGUAAAAAGAGAGGGCAAUGUCAGAGAGCUGCAGCAGGAGCUUGGUGAAGCUCUUAAAAAGCUCUCUGUGGCAGAAGCUUCACUGGAAGUUGCUACGAGGCACUGCAGGAACCUGGAGGAAGCCAACCUGGGCUUGGAAAAGGAAUUGGAAGAGGCUAAAUCCAAGGGCAAUGUCAGAGAGCUGCAGCAGGAGCUUGGUGAAGCUCUUAAAAAGCUCUCUGUGGCAGAAGCUUCACUGGAAGUUGCUACGAGGCACUGCAGGAACCUGGAGGAAGCCAACCUGGGCUUGGAAAAGGAAUUGGAAGAGGCUAAAUCCAAGGGCAAUGUCAGAGAGCUGCAGCAGGAGCUUGGUGAAGCUCUUAAAAAGCUCUCUGUGGCAGAAGCUUCACUGGAAGUUGCUACGAGGCACUGCAGGAACCUGGAGGAAGCCAACCUGGGCUUGGAAAAGGAAUUGGAAGAGGCUAAAUCCAAGCAUUUCCAUGGAAAUGCCAGACUGGAAGGCACAGUCCAGCAGCAAAGCAGUAGGAUUGAAGCCCUUCAGAGAGUUCUGCAAGCCUCUGCCUUGGCUUGUCAGCACCUGCAAGACUUGAUAACCAGCUUAAGAGCAGCACAGGCAGCUGCAGAGGAGCAGCACCAGCAGCAGCUGCAAAAGCAGGUUGUGCUGUCUGUGCCAUCAAAGGAAUUGCACAGCAUGAGGACAGAGAGGCUGAAGCCAGGAUUGCACCCUGAAGACCAUGGUUCUCCACUUGGAAGGAGAAAGAAUGAACUCUUGAAACAGUGUGAGAGUGACAGAAAGAAAGAGAAGAAGCUUAAAGAGUUGAACUGCCCUGUCAGAGUGCAUCUGGACAGAGAGCUGGAAACAAACAAGGAAGUGGAGAAAGAGUCUGAGAGGUUGGAUGGAUUUCUAAGAAUUACACAGAUGAUAAAGGAAAAUGAGGAGCAGAUGUCCCUGUGUGACUUGAAGAAAGAAAUGCAGGAUAGCUAUUCUGAAGUGGUCAAUGAAUUUGGUAAAAUAAAUACAAAGCUUGAUGAACUUUUUUGGAAGCUGGAGGCAGGCAGGGAGAAAACCAAAAUCAGGCUCAGUGAGCAGAGAUGUCCAUCCUGGGGAGGAACCAGGAACAACUGGAGAAGACCAAGCAGCAGCUGCAUAGAGAGGAGCAGGCAUCUUCCCAAGACAGACUGGAACAGAGCAGAGCCCAUAACCAUGAUGCAGAGAGAAAACUGCUGCUCUGCAGAAUUGGAGACCUUGAACAGGAAUUGGAAGUAAGACGUGCACCCUGAGAGAGAGCAUUGUUCAAAUACAAAAAUAUAAACAGCUGUAUCUGGAGGAAGUGAAAAAGAGAAGAUGCCUACAAAACGAACUGGAAAGCGCUGGUGUUUCCCAUGAAGACACUGCUGGGCUGACAGCUGAGGAUUAUGCUUUUAUUCAUGGGUAUUCCAGGCCCUCAAACUUGAAAAUUUGCUGACCGGUCAUUGGGAUCUCAUUAUUUCCUUACGCCUCCCACUCCACAACAAGCACCAUGUUGUUCUCCUCAGCAUUUAUGCACCAACCCUCCAAGCUGACCAUGCAGAAAAAGUCAA